CUGGGCUGCCGUUUCAACACUUUUGCUUUGGUUCCUAGAAGUGAUGCUUGAAGUUUGAGGAGAGAUUGACAUCAUUUCGGAAAGCAAAGGCAGAGGAUGUCCAGUGUCAUGAGUCAUAGCUCUGAAUAAACUCAAUUUUCACUUCCCUCCUCAAAAGCAAUAAAAGUCUCUCCUUCAGUUCCUAUUUCUCAGUGGCAGCGAAAUCAAAAUGCAGACGGUCAUUUCUCUUCUCGGUGAGUCUUCUUUGGGUCACUAUCACCUGAAUCUAACAGUGUUACACAAAUUUUGUCCUCUUUAAAUUGCCUUAUGUUUGUUUUUUUGUCCCUUUUCAGUUUUUUCAGUUCUACUACAGCUUGUAACACCAGGGGGUAUGUACCAAAUACUAUGAUAAGAUAUAUUAUAUGUCAUAAUCAGAUCCUGCUGUUUACAGCAUCAAUAGGGCAAAUAUUGAAGCUAUUAUUUACAUGUGUAUAAAAGCCACUAACCGUCAAACCAAACGUGUGUGUCUCCAUAGUUGCACUCGUGACCUCAUUUAGAGCUGUAGCAGAGCUGGUGUCGCAGAAGUCAAGGGUCUUCUCUGGGGAGAGUGUUCGGCUGAAAUGCAGCGUUCCUGAUGAUGUCAAUCAAUCGUCCUGGAGUUUCUCCUGGUUCAAGGGAUCUGAGCUGCUCCCUCAAACUGGAAAAGACCUUAUUCUGUGGAAAGUAAAAGUUCAAGACAGCGGGACGUUUUACUGCCAGGGAGAGAAGAGCUCAAUGAUUGGAAACAUACAUACACUGCAAAGUCUCCCAGUGGAGAUCAGUGUUGAUGGUAAGACCUCAUAUCAUUGCAUAUUUCAUGACGCAGUUUAAACUGCUUCUUCCUUUUUUUUUUUUUUUUUGUUUAUCUGGGUGUCAUGUGACUGAACUUUGGGAACAAUUGAGAUUUUGGCACUUUGAUUUUUAUAAACUGUUGGUUUUUCAAAUAAUUUUGGAGCACUGACAUGUUUCUCAACAAAAACUUACUUAUAAUAUCCAACUCGAAAAUCCCAACAAAAGACAAAGGCACUGGGGGGAAAACCACAUGGAGACACUGAAGAAACUGGAGACACUGACACACAGACUAUUAACACAAAUUCACAAUGAACCAACAAAGAAACCGGGGAAGACAAGGACUUUAUGUACACACAGGGAAACGAGCAACGAGAGGCAGGUGAGACACUGAGGCUGUGCCCGAAAUGAAUCACUCGAUCCCUAACCCCUAACCCCCAUGUGAGGUUUCACUAUAUAGUUGACUAUGUAGUGAGCUCAAUCACCAGAGGUUUCAGACACUACAUGGCGAGACGCAAUGCGUGACGGGAUGCCCAACACUGGUGAGUGACCAUCAGAUGGUCACUACAUUUUGCAAUGCUUUAUGGGAAAUUUUGAGUCACCUAUAUGGGGCAUUGGAAUUGAUCACUCAGGUUUCGGACACCCCUCGAAAUGGCGCUAACCCCCAUAUAGUCGCCUAUAUAGGGGUUAGGGAUCCAUUUUGGACACAGCCUGAGACACCGGUGAAGACAAUGACUAAGGAGGGAAAACUGAGGAAGUAAAGAAAUACUAGAAACACAGGGAAUAAACUACUACAAAACAAAACAAGAAACACUGAAAACUGAUAAUAGAGUAAAACACUGAGAACAUGAGGGAAACGGGGUCAGACACAAACUGAAAACUUACAAGACAGGACUACAGGGAAACAGGAACAAUAGGACACAGAAACAACAAUGAAAAUACACUCAAAUCACAGAGAAAAACUCAAUGAACAGAACAUAUUGUGAUAAUUCUUUCUCUCUUCAUUUUUUCUGUAUUAAUAUUUUUCAGGAGGGUGGGCUAUCCUGCAGGUUUCACCUCAUCCAAGCCUUGUUGGCAAUACCUUGAGAGUAGCAUGCCGGGUCCGAGGCGAGCCCGAACUUCAUGAGGUGAUUCUGUACAAAGACGGACUUGAAGUUAUGAGACAAAGAGGCCCCAACCCAACCUUUGACCUGUCUAACUUGACUCUCAAGGACGAGGGAAUGUACUCUUGCAGGGCUUCCUGGGACUCACACAGGCGUACGGUCUCUGUGAUUUCAGCUGAAGCUCCUGUGCACGUCUUGGGUAAGAUUAUAUAAACUAACAAAUUAAAGCAACAAUUUGACUUUGCCUACAGAAUUUGGCUGGCUGAAUUGAGUGUAAAAACUUUGGUUAGUUUCAUGCCUGGCAAAGAAAAAGCUCACAUACACUGUUUAAACUAUUUCAUUGUGUCUCCUCCCCUGUGUCUCUCCCUCAGAGGCUCUUUCUCAGCCAGCUUUGGAGAUUGAUACAGACAGCAUCUUGAUUCCAGAAGGUAAGAUGAAGCUCAUCUGCCACCUCCAGUAUAACAGCCCCGCACCUGCACCUCCAGUACAAUACUAUUUCUAUGAGAGUGACCACCAGCUGGGAGCAGCGACCUCUGAGAAUCACUAUCAAGUCAAACAGGCUCCAGGCCAAUAUAGUUGCCAAGCCAAAGUGCCUGAGUUGGGCCUCUCCAGGUGGAGUGAUCCCCAAAUCUUUAAAUAACUUGCCAAUACUGAAUUUAACAGACUGUUUCACUCAGCUAAACAAGUUAAAACUCUAAUUCUCCUGAAUAUCAAAAUUGUGAACAUUUCACGGCACUUACGCAUCUUCUGAGGAAAGUAUUUCUUACCUGCUAGGACCACAGACGACGCCUUCAUUUACGAGAGACUCACGGCCUUUUCCUUCCAUGAGUUCAUCCCCUGACUCCUCCUUGCCAGUAACAGCCCAGUCCACCCAUCAACAACCUACAUCAGCUUCCCCACAAUCCUCAAAUCCACAGCCAAACCCUUUACCACCAACACCAAGGAGUCAGUCAACUACAGUCCAGCCAAUCACACAAACUUCGGUCUCCAGACCUCUCAAUAUGUACAUGGAGUAUGGUGAGAUGUCUGAAGAGUCUGGAGACAUGCCUGAGGGAUCUGGGGACGUGUCUGAAGGAUUUGGGGACAUGUCUGAGGGAUCAGGGGACAUGUUUGAAGGAUCUGGAGACAUGUUUGAGGGAUCUGGAGACCUGCCUGAGGGAUCUGGUAUCAUACGCUAGGACUUUCUAGACACUCUUCUGCAUUAAUAGUCACAAAUCACUGUCCAUUGUAUAAUUGUGUGUGUAUAACUGGGUUUUAUUAAUUCAACAGAUUAACUAACAUCUUUGUAAUGUCCUAUUUGAGAUCUCAGCUGUACUAACGAACUGGAUCAGCAGUGUUAGGUGAUAAUAACAAUGCAGUAUUGUCACAAUAAAUAAAGCAUCAGAGAGAUCGUAUAAGAAAAUGAAUAAUAAAAUAAACGACUAUGAGAUUUAUUUCAAUUAACAAAAUCUUUGUUACAGCCAUAAUGUGGAACAAUACUUAUUUUUACACUCUGUAAUACAUGAGAAUAAUGACAGAGAAAAGGAGCCACAGUGAUAUUCUCUGGAUAAUCAACAUUUACAUUGAAUAUUUCAUGUCUAAAUUUCAAGUAGUCAUAAAAAAUGUAGAUCAUCAGUGAUCAUGAAGACGCAUGUGAAAAUAAAGUUCAGAGCAAGAAAAAGAAAAGGCAAACAUAUGAGGAAAAAGACGAGAGCAAAUGUAUAAAUAUGAGUUUUAAAGAGUAAAUGCAAGCAAAUUAAGAAAUCUCCGCACACUUGAGUACAGUAGGUGCACAGGUGAGUAAAAAAGAAUCCUGCACACUGUCCAAGUCACUACUGGCAAAGUUAUUAUAUUGAUCUACAACUAUCAAAAAAUAUAGAUGCCAGAAUCAAUGUUAUUGUUCACUUUUCACAAGUUUUUAUUCUUUCUCUUAUUAAACUACAUCCUUUUGUCAGUGAUAAGCUUGGGGUUGUUUAAUUAAGGUUAUUAUAGCAAUUUCUGUUUCAUAUACAGGCAACAUCACAACACAAGAUUGAGUGAUGGACUAAAUGUCUGCACGGAUGUCCUAGAUAAUAAAGCAUGAUAGAUUUAAUACAACAGCAGCUCAGUGUAUUUCAACAUGUUACCUCAGACCAGCUACUUUUAGCUGUGUGCGUUCAUCUGUUUGCUUCCAUUCAUCAUGCUGAAACGAGAGCCUGCAAAGAAAUCCUGUGGCUGCAUGUGUGAUUUAUUAGCGCCUGUAUUUAUUAAGACCUCUUUUUUUUUGAGGAGUCAACGUCCACCACUUCAGUUUCGGAGCCCUUCUGACUCUUUUUAGGUUACCAAAGUUGUCUAGCAGCACUUCUGCUUUCCUUGGUAAUGACGACUGUUAAGUCUGAGUAAAAUUGCUGUGUCUGCUUAAAGCCCCCGUAAGAAACUUUUGGUUUGUGUCAAUAGUUGUAGACAAAGACAUCAGCACUCUGUGAACUGUAGCUAACAAUGUUUGCUUUAAAAUUAUUUUGGAAAAGCCUGUUUCUUCAAAAGGCAAAUCACUUUAUCUGACACCAGCCCAGGGAUCACAUCAUAUUAUAUUAUACAACAUUAUAGAAUACAUAUUGAAUCAGUUCUGUUCUUGAUAGACUUGUUUACUUUUCUGGAUCACAUCAAAAUUUAAAUAAAGUCAGUUUCUUAACCUGUCAAAAAA